AUGUCAGUCCCUGUGGAAGAGGUCGAAUUGGACAAGACGAAACAACAAUUCAUAGAGAGCGCUAUCGAUAAUGGUGUUCUCCUCUUUGGACAGUUCACACUCAAGUCGGGUCGAAUCUCACCUUAUUUCUUCAACGCAGGUCGUUUAUACACUUCUUCCCUCUUAGCAGCCACAGCAGAAGCCUACGCGACUUUACUCACGUCAUCCCGUAUACCGGAAUUCGACAUACUCUUCGGACCGGCUUACAAAGGGAUUUCUUUGGCCGCUAUAACAGCUGUGGAAUUGUAUAGAUCUCAUGGUAGAAAUGUUGGAUUUGCUUAUAACCGUAAAGAAGCCAAGGAUCACGGAGAAGGAGGUAACUUAGUCGGUGCCCCACUCAAAGGUAGAAUAGUAAUAAUCGAUGAUGUCUUAACUCGCGGUACUGCAAUCCGAGAAUCUCUCGAAAUGUUUUCAAAUCAUCCCGAAGCUAAAGUCGUCGGAGUUGUACAACUUGUCGAUCGACAGGAAAAAGGACAAGGAACGAAUUUGAGUGCGGUACAACAAUUAGAAGAAGAAUAUGGGUUUCCUAUUGAACCCAUCAUUGGAGUUGGGGAUAUAAUCGGGUAUUUGAAAAUCAAAGGAGGUUGGGAAAAAGAGGUUGAAAGUAUUGAAAAGUACAGAGAGGAAUAUGGAGUGAAGUGA